CUACUUCCUGAAAGCUCUCAACUGGGCCUGCAAGGAGGGAGCACGAGGCUGGCGCCGGGCGGGCCCUGAGUCAUGUGAAACUCUGGAGGAAACGUCUCAACAGGAUCGUCAUAUGACACACACCGCAGCCCCAUCCUGAGCCCAGAACCGUCAGCCAUGACAGGAAACGCCACGCCGGUGGCCAGCCCUCUGCCAGGGGCCCUGUCGACUGGCAUAUCUUCCCAGAACUGCACGUCGAAGGUGCCCUUCAACGACAGCAGGGUGUUCCUGGUGACUGUGUACAGCACCGUGUGCAUGCUGGGCCUGCCAGCCAACUGCCUGACGGCCUGGCUGACGCUGUUGCAGGCGCGCCAGGGCCACGUGCUGGCCGUCUACCUCUUCUGCCUGGCGCUGUGCGAGCUGCUGUACAUCAGCACCCUGCCGCUCUGGGUCGUCUACAUCCAGAACGGGCACCGCUGGCUCCUGGGCCCAUGGGCCUGCAAGGUGACCGCCUACGUCUUUUUCUGCAACCUCUACGUCAGCAUCCUCUUCCUGUGCUGCAUCUCCUGCGACCGCUUCCUGGCAGUGGUGUACGCGCUGGAGACGCGAGGCCGCCGCCACCAGAAGACCGCCAUCCUCGUCUCCGUGUCUGUCUUCGUUCUCGUGGGGCUCGUCCACUACCCGGUGUUUCAGAUGGAGGAGAAGGGAACCUGCUUUGAGAAGCUGCCGAUGGACCGCGAGAUCGCCGGGUACUACUACACGCGCUUCGCCGUGGGCUUCGCCAUCCCUCUGUCCGUCAUCGCCUUCACCAACGAGCGCAUCUGCAGGAGCAUCAAGAUGAGCGCCGGCCUGAGCGCCGCCCAGAAGGCCAAGGUGAAGCGCCUGGCCGUCGCGGUCGUGGCCAUCUUCCUGCUCUGCUUCACUCCCUACCACCUGGUGCUCCUGGCCAAAGCCAUAGCCUUUUCCUACUACAAAGGAGACACGGGCCUUGUGUACGCCUUCGAAAUCAAACUGUACACGGUCUCCGUGGUGUCCCUGAGCCUGGCCACGGUGAACAGCGUGGCUGACCCCAUCAUAUACGUGCUGGCCACAGAAGCUUCACGCCAAGAAGUGUCCAGAAUCCACAAGGGGUGGAAGAAGUGGUCCAUGAAGACAGACGUCGCCAAGCUCACGCAUUCGAAGGAUUCUCAGGAGGCACAAUCGCCCACAUAGCUCACCAACGGCUACGCCUUCCCCAAGCCUGUCCGCCCACCGGGGCCACCGCCGGGCGCGCGGCCUCGCCACGCACCCUGGAGGGCCUGACCGAGGCGUCCUGCUGAACCCAGCGUGGGAGUCCAGGGCCGAUCGCUCGGCUUCCCACGGGGCCUGCCCGCCAGCGUCCACAGCGCUGGCUGUGGAGCCCCCUCUGGACGACACGCCACAGAUUUCUCGUUCCUGGAGCUUCUGCCCCUUGUGGGUCCCAGCCCCGCAGCCUUUUCCACCAGGAGCAGAAGCCCCACAAGGGAGGUGGCAGCACGCCGAGGGUAAGGGCGAGUCUGCCAGCUGCAAGGGGAGCCCGUGGCGGGUGGGAGGGCUUGUUCUGGCUGGCGCUCUCGGCUAUUAGCGCACCGCAGGGUCGCAGGCAGAGGCCGUGUGGCCACGUGGUGCUGCCGGCAGCUGGCACAGGCCCUGCGUGCGGUAGGUGCCUGUCAGCGUCCGCGUGAUGGCUUUAUUUCCCGCGCUUUUCUGCAAGCGUUGCUUGGAUGACUGUGACAGUACAUGGCGGGGCCAGAUUGUCAGUGCAAACCGUGCCCCUCCUGAGGCGGCUGCUCACGGGGCUGUGGCUGGGGCCUCUCUGUGCUGCAGACCCUGAGGGGAGCCGGGGGGCGGGGCGCACCCACAUGGCCUCCGGAGGGAGCCCCAGUGCUCGUGGCAGGAAUGCCCAUCAGCCGGGAGGGCCGGGGGGCACCCCAGGCAGGGUGACACUCCGCCAACGGGCUCCGAGGACGGUGGUAAGUCCUCCGCACCGAGGCUUCCCAGCUCCGCUGUCGGGGAGAGGCCGCCGAGGGCCAGGCCAGGUCACAGCGCUACCUCCGUCCCCCAUCCGUGACAGGGGCCAGUGACACCUACCUCAGCGGGUCGGCAUUGGGGGCUGACCACACCCACCGCUUACGUUCACAUUUCCCUAAGGCAGCGGUGAUGGACGUGCUUCAUUGUGAGAGACCCUGAGUGGAUAUGUGAUUUAGAAAAUACGUUUAGAAAUAAAAAUGCAAGAAUA